CAGUGCCCGCCCACCACCAGCACCACGCGAGGCUGCUCACUGUCGCCUGCCCGCCCACCGAGUAGCACUGGGCCAGUCCAGCAAGGCGCAGUUUGCUCUACGCCGCGCAUGCGCAGCGGCGGUGCGACACGCGGACUGCGUGCGCGACUCGCGGCGCCAUCUGCUGGAGAUUGUCAAGACACUUUAUAUUGGACGGCUCUUACCUAAGUGGGUGACCCAAGGCACGGAGAUGUUCAACCAGAAGCCAGAGCGCGGCAUCGAGUUCCUGCAGGAGCAUGGAGUGCUGACCACGCCGCUAGACCCGCACGAAGUCGCCAUCUUCCUCAGAGAAAACCCGGAUUUGGACAAGAAAAUGAUUCGUGAAUAUAUCUGCAAGCGCUCGUCUCGCGGUGAAGACGAGGACGGUGGUCCCUCAGUCCUGGGCGCCUUCGCCGACAUCUUCGACUACGCCGGCUUGAGGAUCGACCAGGCUCUGCGACUGUAUCUGGAGACAUUCAGACUGCCCGGAGAAGCACCACUCAACUUCCUCGUUAUGGAACGAUUCGCUGAACGGUGGCAUAGCACGAACGGAGACCCAUCCGCGAAUACUGACGCGGCCUUCCGGCUGGUCUACUCCGUGAUCAUGCUGAACAUGGACCAGCACAACCACAACGCCAAGAAACUCAACGUGCCCAUGACCGUCGAGGACUUUGUCAAGAACCUCAGGGGGCUGAAUGGAUCUGAGGAUUUCGAUCAAAUCAUGCUUGAAGCUAUAUUCCAUUCUAUCAAGAACGAAGAAAUGGUGAUGCCAGCGGAACGUACCGGUCUUGUACGUGAAGCUUACCUCUGGCGCGUGCUGCAGCAUCGUGGCGCUGGUAACGGCACCCGCUACCGCGCAGUGCCCGCCCACCACCAGCACCACGCGAGGCUGCUCACUGUCGCCUGCCCGCCCACCAUGACGGCACUGUCAGCAGCCUUCGAGCGCGCAUCACCACCUACCGUCGAGGAGUUGGAGACCAACAAGUCUCGGGAGACGGGAGCCUUGAUGGCACUGAACGGACUCGAACGCUGCGCCUCCCUUAUCGCAAGACUACCAUAAGUUUCAUAAAAAAAUUAAAAUAUAACUCUCGAAUUAAAGUCAUUAAGGACCCGCGUGUCGCCGGAGGUUUCAUAGACGUUCAAAUCACAUACUCAAAUGUCAGUCAGACAUUCGAAUGGUCCGUGUAUCAUGUAAAUUAAUGUUUGUUAUUGGUUUAGCUCACGGUAUUUUCUAAGCGAUUAUUAUAUUACUUUUUGUAUAUAAUUUUAUUUGUAGGAGUAGCACUGGGCCAGUCCAGCAAGGCGCAGUUUGCUCUACGCCGCGCAUGCGCAGCGGCGGUGCGACACGCGGACUGCGUGCGCGACUCGCGGCGCCAUCUGCUGGAGAUUGUCAAGACACUUUAUAUUGGACGGCUCUUACCUAAGGUAGUGUAUUACUAAUAGUAUUGUAUGUUUUCAGAAAAAUGUAAAUAAAUUCGCAGACUAUCAA